UAAUAAUGACAACAAUAAUAAUAGCAGCCAGAACGCCAAACACUACCACUACCACUACCGCCACCAUUCGUCCCUCUACAACUACAUUCAUCCGAAUUCAACGACAGACACGACACGACACGAUACGACACGACGACGCCACACACAACACACCGCCGAACGCUCCAACGUAGGUUAUAGAUAGUCUAACCAUCCGCGCCAUCCACGCACGCACGGAAUCCCAGCUAUCCCGUCCGUCUAUUCUCUUCUCCCCCCGGGACCAGGGGAACAACGGCACAGAGCCACAACCGCCCUCCCGAGGACGACUCGGUAGGCUGCACUACCGUCAUCGCCCGGAUCUUGAUCCCAUCGUCCUGGAGAGAUGUCUUUCCUCGGAGGACCCGAGUGCUCGACCGCGGGCAACCCGCUGAGCCAAUUCGCGAAGCACACCCAGGACGACACGAGUCUCCAGAGAGAUCGCCUACGAAAUGGAGCUCCCCAGGGCAACAUGGGCGGCUUCCGCAGCGCCCAGCAUGGAUCGCAAGACGAGAUGGUAAACGGCUUCCUCCACCAGAAUGGCCAGCUCCCCACGAUGCCCCUCGAGGGCAUGAACCAGAUACGACUAGACCACCCCUCCCACGGCGUACACCUGCGAGCCAAUUCGACCUCGCCCGCGUGGAUCAACGAAUUCCAGCACAACCCCCAGGCCGCCAUGGAGCACGCCUUCAAGGUCCCGCAAGGCACUCAAUUCAGCCCCGAGGAUUACGCCAAGUUCCAGCAGAUGACCGGCCAGGCGAGCUCGUCGCGAGCGAGUCCGAUGCCCUCCGCGGCCGCGUACCAGAGCCCGAUGGUGGGCAUGGGCAUGGGCAUGGGCAUGACCGGAAUGAACAUGAACUACGGCAUGGGCGGCAUGUACGGGGGGAGCAUGUACCGCCCCGCACCCCAGCAGCCGAUGGAGAGCGUAACCCAGGAUAAGGGGAAGGGGAAGCUCGUCGAGCUCGACGAUCAACAGUGGGAGGAGCAGUUCAAACAGCUCGAGCUGCAGGACAAGCAAGAAGACGACGAGGCCGCGGCGCUCGAGCCGGAGCUGAACGAGCUCGACGAGAAGGUCCUCGAGUCCGAAACCAACGAGUUUGGAGACUUUGAGUCGAUUUGGAGAGGCAUCCGGGCCGAGGAGGCGGCCGCCAAGGGCGUGCUCGAGGAGGAGGAAUGGGUCGAGCAGCUAGGAAGCACCGACUGGUCCGACCGCUUCGGCGACUGGGGCAAUCCCGGCGCCAAUAGCAGGCUGAUGGGCGAUCCCGAAAUCGAGAACUAUCUCUUCGAAGACGACAACCUCUUCAGGGAUACGGGGAACCCGUUCCAGGAGGGCAUGCGCAUCGUGGAGGAGGGCGGCAAUCUGUCGCUGGCGGCCCUCGCCUUCGAGGCCGCGGUCCAGAAGGACCCCACGCACGUCGAGGCCUGGGUCCAGCUCGGCAUGGCCCAGGCCCAGAACGAGAAGGAGACGGCGGCGAUCCGCGCGCUCGAGCAGGCUAAGAACCUCGACCCGAACAACGCGCCGGCGCUCAUGACGCUGGCGGUCUCGUACACGAACGAGGGCUACGACAGCAUCGCGUACCGGACGCUGGAGCGGUGGCUCUCGGUGCGAUACCCGUCGGUCAUCGCGCCGAGCGACUUGUCGUCACCGGCGGAACUGGGCUUCACGGAGCGGCAGCAGCUGCACGACCGGGUCACGCAGCUGUUCAUCCGGGCGGCGCGGCUGAGCCCGGACGGGGAGCACAUGGACCCGGACGUGCAGGUGGGGCUCGGGGUCCUGUUCUACGGGGCGGAGGAGUACGAGAAGGCGGUGGACUGCUUCUCGGCGGCGCUGGCGUCGUCGGAGCUGGGCGCGUCGAACCGGCAGGAGCAGGUGCACCUGCUGUGGAACCGGCUCGGGGCGACGCUGGCGAACAGCGGGCGCAGCGAGGAGGCGAUCGCGGCGUACGAGAAGGCGCUGACGCUGCGGCCCAACUUCGUGCGGGCGCGGUACAACCUCGGGGUGAGCUGCAUCAACAUGGGGUGCCACGGGGAGGCGGCGGGCCACCUGCUGGCGGCGCUGGGGAUGCACAAGACGGUGGAGAAGGAAGGGAGGGAGAAGGCGCGCGAGCUGCUGGGCUCGGGGGGGGCGGGCGGCGUGGCGGGCGUGACGGACGCGCAGCUCGACGCCAUGACGACGCAGAACCGGAGCACGAACCUGUACGACACGCUGCGCCGCGUCUUCACCCAGAUGGGCCGGCGCGACCUCGCGGAGCGGGUGCUGCCCGGCGUGGACCCGGAGUCGUUCCGCGGCGAGAUCGACUUCUAGCGCUAACCCGAGACGAGACGAGACAAGACCAAGACAAGACAAGAUGGGCGGGGUUGUGCUAUGGACUUGCACUGCUGCUGAUGGGAGGGGAGGAUUCGGCUGGGGCAGCAUAGAAGAGGGGCGCCAAAGGAAAGAAGCAAGGGAUGAGAAGGGGAAAGGGGGUCCAUCUGGCUCGGACGCGCUAGGGUAGGUAGUAUUGGAUGGGGUGGUCUAUCUAUGCUAUCGACUCGUUAGGUUAAGAAACUGAUUCUUUGGCUUGGUCUGCUACGUACUGCUAAUGAUAUUACGAAGAGAGACAGAGAGAGAAGGAAAGGAAAAAAGAAUAUGAGAAGAAAAAGAGACGUAUACGAGCCGUGGUGGUGGUGGCGGCGGCGGAUACACAUGGCAAAAAUUGGGCUGCGGGGGGAUAUUAAGGGGCUCGCUCGGCCGGCGAGAGACACCGACGAGCAGAGCCUGGUUAUGCCGCGGGCGUAUCGAUGUGUAUAUGAGGGAGAUAUCUAGAACUACCGGAAUACAUACGACGAGAUUGAACGCGAG